GAGACCACUUGAGAAGAUGAGUCCCACAGUUAAAAGAACAAUUACAGAUUGGGCUCUGCCAUUGGCUUGUGAGAGGAAGUUCAGUGAACUGGCAGAUCCCGAGCUGAAUGGGAAGUAUGACGAGGAAGAGUUGAGAAGGGUUGUCUUUGUCUCUCUUGUUUGUGCUCACACUCAGCCGGAGAGAAGACCCACAAUGCUUGAUGUGGUAGAGCUGCUGAAGGGAGAGUCCAAGGAGAAAUUAUCCAAACUAGAAAAUGAUGAAAUGUUCAAGGCCCCUCAGGCCGCUGAUUUUGAUGAUAAAGAAAUAUCGAUUGCCGAAAACAGCUUAGACUUCAUCUCGGAGGAGAAGGACAUGAACAGGGAAGUGAAAGAGAUUGUACAGGAAAAUACUCAUAAUAGCUGAAGUAUUUGCACAUGUAAAAUUUGGUUUGAGCUGAGUUUCUAGUUGAACACAAGUAGCACUGACAAUCAUUUAUUAGAGUUGUCAGGAAU